UAGUGAAUGAACAAGCACAGCCAAGCACAGCAGACUGACACGGACCAUUUACUCAGCUUUCCUCAUUACUAAAGUGUAGACUUCAUAGUAUAUCCAGGUAACAGCAGAGUUGCACAGGAACUGCAAUCAAGCUUGCCUUUUUAUGACUUACGGCGGGGUCCACUUCACACUUGUACCGCCGGUUAUCUCACUCUUAAAGUAAGAGGGUGAUUAACUUCAAUCGGUUAAUAAAUACUAAACUAGAAUUAUAUAAUCCUUAUCUAUAUCUGUAUUUAUCGCAUGCACUGUAAAAGCAGCUUUGCAUAGAAAUUGUUUCGAUUAUCAACAGGAAAAAUGCGAUAACGCCGACUUAUUGGGCACUAGCUAUCGCAGUUAAAAUCUUAGUCGGCCUUUGCGACCACCAACAGUUUAUUACGAGAUGUUGCCACGAGUAUUGCUAAUAUACAUUGCAGCACUGCUGCUCUACUGUGGCUCCACUGCAGCUGAGAGCACAGUUGAUUGGUGGGAAUCCGCCACACUGUACCAAAUCUACCCGCGCUCCUUCAUGGAUAGCGAUGGUGAUGGCGUGGGAGAUUUGAAUGGAAUCACUUCGCGCUUGGAGUAUUUAAAAGAGAUUGGCGUUACAGCGACAUGGCUAUCGCCCAUUUUCGAGUCGCCAAUGGCAGACUUUGGUUAUGACAUUUCCAACUUUACAAAAAUCGAUCCGAGUUUCGGCACACUGGCGGACUUCGACGCGAUGAUCGCGAAGGCGCAUAAAUUGGGUGUGAAAAUCAUUUUGGACUUUGUGCCCAACCAUUCGAGUGAUGAGUGUGAGUGGUUCCAGAAGUCGAUACGGCGUGAAGAUGGUUACGAUGAUUUUUACGUUUGGGAAGAUGGUAUACUUAAUGCAGAGACGGACGAACGUGAGCCCCCAAGCAAUUGGGUGAGUGUUUUCAGCGGUCCGAUGUGGACAUGGAACCAGCAACGCCAACAGUAUUAUUUACAUCAGUUUUUGGCUAAACAGCCCGAUCUCGACUUUAGUAAUCCCAUGGUGCGUGAACAUAUGCAGGCGGUGUUGAAGUUCUGGGUAAAUCGUGGAGUGGAUGGCUUUCGUAUUGAUGCGGUGCCGCAUAUUGGCGAGAAGCGUUUUGCGAAUGGUACUUAUCCGGACGAGCCAGUAAGUGGCUGGAGUGAUAAUUCCAAUAGUUAUGACUACCAUAAUCAUAUCUAUACAAAAGAUCAACCGCUAACGCUUGAAGUGGUUUACGAGUGGCGUAAGUACUUAGACGAGUACAAAGUCCUGCAUGGACGUGACACAAUCGUCUUGAUUGCUGAGGCUUAUUCCUCUGUUGAAGUUUUGAGUGAUUACAUCAACAACGGCAGCCAUGUGGGCACCCAAAUCCCUAUGAACUUCAAUUUGAUGUAUUUGAAUGGCUACUCCACGGCGCGUAAUGUGGAAGAUUCGGUGAGGGGUUGGAUGAAUACCAUUUGGCCAAAACAUCAGUCCGCUAACUGGGUGGUGGGCAAUCACGACAACGAUCGUCUGGCCACGCGUAUGGGUCAGCAUAAGGUAGAUUUGAUGACUAUGCUAGUGCAUGGGCUGCCGGGCACUUCUGUGACAUACUAUGGAGAGGAGAUCGGCAUGUCGAACGUAGCUACCGAAUGCACUGCCAUCUAUUGUGAAGACCGCGAUCCCGAGCGCACGCCUAUGCAAUGGGAUACGUCAAAACAUGCAGGCUUCUCUACAGGUCCUACCACUUGGCUGCCAGUAUCGCCUGCCUACAAACUCUACAAUGUGGCAACGGAACGCGGUGUGGCGCGCAGUUCUCUGGCGAUAUUCAAAGGCAUGACACAGCUGAAGGAAACUUCCGCUUUCAAGUCGUUUAAGGAGCCAAAUGGUUUUACGUUCGCCGCUAUUACAGAGCAGGUUUUUCAAAUUACGCGCACCGACUCCCACUCAGAGGAGUAUCGCAUUCUAAUCAAUAUGGGCAACAAUAUCGAAUAUUUGCAUGGACUGGCGAAGAAAACGAUGGAGUAUGUGCUGCUAAGUCCACACUCACCACAUAGUUUUGGCGAUAAAGUGGAUUUGAGUCAGCGCAUAUAUUUGAUGCCUUAUGAGGCGGUUGUUUUGCGCGGAGAUGCCGGGUCAUAUUAGAAGACUGUCCUACUGUUGAGACUUUUAAGAUAGACAAGCGUAAUUUAAGGUAUACUUGAUAUAUAACUUAUAAGAAUAUCGUAAAAAUAAUAAAACAAUAAUAAACAAACUUU